AUGUCCCACCCUCCAAAACUAAUCAAAUUGUUGCUUUCGGCACGGAGACGCAACUUUCAAAACAAAUGCCGGAUGUUCUUAUAAAUCUUGUUGACUCUGGGUCUCUAGGUCUGUAAGGCAAAUGGUAUUUUAAUACAUAAAAUUUUACAGCUGGAGUGUAUAUUACCUGCUUGACGCUGCAUUAAGCUGCAAAUAUGAGUGAAUAUGAAGCUAUAAUGGAUGGCGGAGGCCCGUGGGGGAUUCGCCUACAAGGUGGAAAGGAUUUUGGAGUACCUUUAAAUGUUGCUCGGGUGACUCCUGGCAGCAAAGCAGGAAAUAAAAGAAUAAUGGCUGGAGAUACUAUUUUAGUAAUUAAUGGAACAAGCACUGAAACCCUUACCCACUUGGAAGCCCAAAAUUUGAUUAAAAAUGCUGGCUCUCGUUUGCAACUAAAAUUAAGGACAGGCAAAGGUGUAUCGCUUGGUGAGGUCAAGCAGGUAGGUGGUGGAAGUUUUGCAGCAAGUCCAUCCAAAACACUUUACACUACUGAUGUAACACACUCUGCUGGUGUUGACCACAAGUUCAAUUCUAAACCAAAAGCUUUUGGUGCCUCACCCACAGGUGGUUCCACAACUCAAAUAAAAAAGUUUGAUCCUGCUGAAUAUGCCAGAAAAAAGAAAGAGGAGCUUGAUAAAUACAAGGAAGAACAGAAAAAACCAGCCGUUGCACCUGACUCUGAUGUUUUGCGAAUGCUGCAAAAUACAAGCAUUUCAGAUAACCAACAGAGUUCUGGCUCAUUUUCAAGGCUUCAGAGGCAACUUAGUAAUGAAGGUGAAUGGGCAGAGCAAGAGAAAUCUUUUCGAAUGACUGCAGAUGGAACAGAUCUUACUGAUGUGUCCCCUGGGUCAAGGGCUGUCAUGGAUGACAUCAGAAAUCGUGGUUCAGCAGGAUUAAGCAGUUCGGGUUCUGCUUCUGGUGGUUCAAAAUCUUUCAAAUUUUUGCAGCAGUUAACAGAUCAGGAUGCAGAUUUACCACCUCCACCACCAGAAUUGAUGGAUGGCCAUGAGCCGAAUUAUCAAAGAGCUUCUUUUGGUAACACAGAAGGCCUCAGUAAUCAGUCAGGGACAUUUAAAAGGUUGCAACAACAUGUUGAAGAUGGCACAGCAGAUCAAGUUCAAACUGUCUUUGGGCAGCCGCGUGGUAUGAGAGGACAACCGGUUCCAGCACCACAACCCAGCCAAAUUCAACGAAAUACAGCCACUACAGCGAAUCCUCUGCCGAAAGCACCAAUGCCAACUGGACCUAAUUUUAAAGUUGGGCGUGCAAGUGCGCCGACGUUUAAACCUAAUCCUGUUUUAUCGUUUAAUCAACCUAAGCCCGCUCCACAAGCUGUUAACGCCGGGGAAAUUGUUAACCCAAAUUCGAGGCAAUACAAUCCUUACGCCAGCCGAACUUCACCCGGGUACACUUCUCCUACGGAGAGAUUCUCCCCAUCUAGUCGUGUGCCACCAACGUCGCCACCCGCAGGUCCGCCUCCCACUCCUCCAUCAACAGUUAAUGUAAUAAAAUCAAAGUCUGUUCCCCAACCUGUGCCGUCAGGUAAUAAUGAGAAAGAAUUGCAUUGCCAUGCAUGCCAGCAACAAUUAAUGGGUCCUUUUGUAAGUGCUAUUGGAAAGACUUGGCAUCCCGAACACUUUUGCUGCUCAGCGUGUAAUGUGUCGUUGCAGAAUCAAGCCUUCGUGGAAGAAAACAAUCAGUUGUUCUGUGAGAAAUGCUACAAUCAAUACUACGCACCAAAAUGUGCGCACUGCAACAACGCCAUCAUAGGGAACUGCAUUAACGCAUUGGGAAAGAGUUGGCAUCCAGAUCAUUUCGUCUGCUCGUUUUGCAAUCGUAGUUUUGCUAACGAUGGCUUUUUAGUGGAUUCCGGCAAACCUUAUUGUGAGAGGUGUUUUGAAGAUCUCUUCAGUGUAAAGUGUGGCAAAUGUGCUCGUGCAAUCACUGGCGGGGAAAAGUACGUUGAAGCUCUCAACAAGAAUUGGCACUCUGACUGCUUUACAUGCAACGUAUGUAAUGUUCGUCUAGAGGGAAACAGCUUUUUCGUCUCACGUGGAAUGCCAUAUUGUCAAGCACACAAGACCGGCAACUAAAAAUACAACAAUGUUAAAAUACGAAUAGUAUGCGAUAGUGGGAGAAGAAAAGUAUUUUGAUACGUUUUUAUACCUAGAACAGUUCUACUCCGCUUAACAUUUGUGUACGUAGUAGAUCCUACUUUUAAGCUAGGAUCUCCAUUUUCAACAACCUUCGAUGAAUGUUUCAAACAGAAGUAACGACACCAGUUUCGUCACUUUAUUCUGAUGAAGUUUUUUCACUUACCGUAAUGAUCCGAUUAAGCGACCAGCAUUUUUUAAGCACCCCCCUUAAAUAAGCGCCCAGGUAAUUUCCUCAAAGUUCAAUAAGCGCCUGCACUUAUUAAGCGCCCCCCCUCGAAUAAGCGCCCACCUGAUAAAAGGGAGCGCUUAAUCGAAAACUACCUUAAGAAACUGGGCGCUUAUUUAAAAAUGUUACUUUCUUAUAUCUUAUUCUUUUGUUCAGUUUUAUUUUUCAGGAAUAAAAAACAAAAUUGAAAAUUACCGUUGUCUUUAAUUUGUACAAAAUUAGGAAAAAUUUAUAAGCGCCCAGCAUUUUUAAAGCGCCCCCUUCGAUUAAGCGCCCAUGCCAAAAAUUUAAUAAGCGCCCAGUGCGCUUGUUCAGAUCAUUACGGUAAGGUUUUUCAAGAAAAAAAAGGUUUUUUUUUGUAAUAUUUGUAUGUAGAGAUUAAACGUUUUUUUGGCUUAUAGAAAAAAUAUUAAUUUUUGUCUUUUUUUUUAACAAAAAAUUUAACUUCGUAAUUCAUAAUUCAUCGUAUUUUUUCAACUUGUUUAUAUACUCUUUAUAUGAAUAAUCUCUGUGGGGGUGAACAAAUUAUAAUUUCUGCUUGUAAAACUUUCGAGUUUAGCCUUUCUAAUUCAAUUUACUUCAAGUCGGCAUUCAUAUCUUGUUUUGAAAUCUUCUGCUCUCAAAAACAAAAAUGCGAGAAAUCUUUUUUAAAGUUCAAGUUACAUCUAAAUUUAAUAACCACAUCGGUAAAAAAAUUGGCGACACAAAUCUAUUGUCAGACUGGUAAGACGUUGGCACAGUGCCGAUGUGAAUUAGAAAGGCUAAAGUUUAAAUCUUUAGUAUAGAAUUGUUUAUGGCGAAAUAACAGGGGGGAGAAAGAGAGCAUCCGUUUGUUUGUAUUAUCAGUAACAUAACAGUAAAACCAAUUUAUACAGUACAAA